GAAAAUGUACGAAAAGAAACCGAUUUCAAGAAAAGCAGGCCUAAACUGACGGCGAUUUUCACCGACUUCGCGGGUAUCCGGCCCACCUAUAUUCUUUCCGUUGCGAGUCCGUAUCCAUAGCUGCUCGACAUUUAACCCCCCCUGGCGCGUGCGUUCCACGCCCACUAUGUUUUUCUUUCUGAAAAGGUUUCUUAAACCUCGAUCGCCUUCACAAACCACAAUCAAUCUUUGGGCUCUCGGAGUUACCGAAAUCUUUUGGGGAAUAGAGAUAAAGCAAGCAACAUAGUUGUAGGAGUAGACGGCACGCACCUUUUGGGUAUUGACAUGCGCAUGGCAACUUAUGAUCUAGAUCCUGAUGUUACUCGGUGGGGUCUCCAUCUAAUAGAUGUUUGCACUCUUACAAAUAAUGGUUGUUGUAAUUCCAUUACUCGAUAUGACCAAGAUUUGAGUCAAGUUGAGUAUGUCAGCGAAGGUUAUUGUGAGAAAGCUAUUGUGGAGAAUGAUGAGGCUGUAGCACGUGCUCUUCAAGAAGAAUUUACGCGAAUCGAUUCUUUAGAAGCUUCUGGAUUAUCUAAUGUUGGGGAAGAGAAUACGCAAGCAUCCGUUCUUGCACAGGACUGGCUUGGUCCUUCAAAGAGACACUACAGUAUUGGGAUUGACAAAGAUAAGAAAGCAGCAAGUAAUCCUGGCAGAAAUAUGGAAGAUGCAGAUCCCAGCAAAAACAUAAUGGAGGAGGCUGAUGAUCAUAGCAAAAUGGAAAAUGAUUGGGUGGCUGAAAUUGGAAUUUUCCAUUCAUGCUUUAGCCCAGGAGAAAAAUCAUCAUAUGUGGAAGACUUUUCAAAUACAUUGGACAUAACAGAUGAGUCUGCUCUUGAUGGUGAAGUAGGCAAAAGAUUGAAUCAGAUGGUUCCUGUUCCUCAUGUUCCUAAAACUAAUGAGAAAAUACCCUCGGCUGAUGAGGAAAUAACAGAUCAUCAAAGGCUACUAGAGAGGCUGGAGUUAUAUGGUUUGGUUGAGCUUAAGGUUCAAGGAGAUGGUAACUGUCAGUUUCGUGCUUUAUCCGAUCAACUGUAUCGUUCUCCUGAGCACCACGCUGUUGUAAGAGAACAGAUUAUCCAACAGCUGAAGUCUCACCCGGAAAUGUACGAGGGUUAUGUACCCAUGGCUUACAAUGACUAUUUGAAGAAAAUAAGCAAGAAUGGCGAAUGGGGUGAUCAUGUGACAUUGCAGGCUGCUGCAGAUUGGUAUGGUGUCAAGAUGUUUGUGUUAACUUCAUUCAAGGACACAUGUUACAUUGAGAUCCUUCCAGAUAGGCAGAAGUCCAAACGAAUUAUUUUCCUGAGCUUUUGGGCUGAGGUGCAUUACAAUUCAAUUUAUCCAGAAGGAGAUAUGCCUGCAUCCGACACAAAGAAAAAGAAGAAAUGGUGGAAUUUUUCAGGCUUGAUUGGCACAUGAUAUGAUGGUUUGGUUUGCAGUAAUUUUAGAAGCUUUAGAUAUAUAUGGUGGAUCGGAAUGUGUACAUGGUUCCUUUUGGGUGACGACUGCUGCUGCUGCUGAUUCUUUUGUACAUAUAUAUAGUAUUUAUAUUCUUUUGACUUUAAAGGUCAUUUUAGCUCAUCAUGUAAAUAUGUUUUCCAUCAUUUUUUUAUAUUUGAUUUUCUAUCCGUUUACUAA